AUGUCCAACGGCGUGCGCAACCUCCGCGCCAUGUUCGAGAACGGCAACGCCGCUGCCUCGCCUGAGCCCCGCGGCCGCUCCCCGACAGACACGGCAGCCGCGACCGACGGCGGCGAAGAGCGUCCCAAGUCCAAGGUGCGCGCCUCGUUUGUCUCGGUCGAGCCCACGCCCGCCCACGCCUCGACCGACCUCGGCCAGACCAAGGGCACGCCCUCCAACAGCGUCAACGCGACCCGCCGCGAGAGCUUCCGCGUGAGCCACGACAGGACCGACGAGCUGGCCGAGCUCAAGAAGGUCGUCAGCGAGGAGAAGGAGCAGCGCCGCCAGAGCAUCGCCAUCCCCGAGGCCGUGCCCGAGCAGGCCGUCGCGUCGCGCGAGUCCUCCAUGCCUGCGCCGCCCAUCCGCGACGACACACCCACCAACAUGCCCAACCUGGGCUCCAUCAUGAAGGGCUCCGACUUCCCGGAAUCUGCGGCCGCCGACAUCGCUGUGCCGGCUCCGGAGCUGGAAGAAGUGCCAGUCGACGAGACACCAGCCGAGUCCACAGAAGAAGCAGCGCCUGCCCAGCCUGCCGAGAACCCGGACAAAGCUACUACAGGCGCGCAGGAGGAUGUCGCCCUGAGACCUGCCGCGCCCACCGAGGAGGCUGUCGUGGACGAAGACAAGCCUGCUCUGCUGGACGCUGCCGUCGAUGACGACGCCGUUGUUGCUGAGGAGAACGCCAUCGCAGAGGAGGCCGCUGUCAUCGAGGAAGCUGCCAUUGCAGAGGAAGCCGAAGCUGUGCAAGCUGAAGCUGCUGCCACCGAGGAGCCCUCUGCCCCGGCCCCAGCCGCUGCUCAGCCCGCCGAGAAUACAGACAAGGCAGUGACGGGUGCUCAAGAGGAGCUUGCUCUACGACCUGCUGCGCCUGCCGACGAAGCCGCUGUUCCCGACGCGACCGCUCCUGCGCCGGCUGAAGCAGUAAUGGCCCCGAGCACCGAACCUGCUUCAGAAGCAGCCACACCUGUUGUAACCAAGGCCAAGGCCAAUGGAACUCCUGGGCUCAAGAAGCCCGAGAUCAGGAAGCCCGCUGCCAUCUCGACUGCCAAACCUGCCAAGGCUCCCGCCGCCCCUGCCAAAAGCCCGCUACCUAAAGCAGCACCCAAGACCCCUACGAAACCCAAGACGGCCGCACCCACCAUCAAGCCUAGUCCAGCUGCGAAGACCACAAAGCCCGCAGCCCCAAAGGAGCCUGUCAAGGCCCCCGUUGCCAAGGCCCCCGCAACAAAGGUUCCAGCCGCAAAGGUUCCAACUGCUAAGACCAGCCGCACCUCUCUGCGACCUGCAACAUCUGCGUCCUCAGCGACGGCACCCACUGCUGCUGCUGCUGCCUCCAAGACCAAGCCUGCGGCCGCACCUGUGGAGAACAAGAAGCCUGCCAUUCCCAAGCCCACUACUUCCGCCCCCCGCAAAAGCACGUCCCCAACAGGCUUUAAGAAGCCAACCCCAAAGUCUCCUACUCGUCCAGUCGGUUUACCAACCCGUCUGACUGCGCCGACGGCUGCCUCGGCUGCCAAACAUGGCGAGGAGCCCAAGGUCACACGCAAGCCCUCCACCAACACCCGUCCUACACCCAAGGCCCCGGCACCAAAGACUUCGCGCCCUUCCAUCGCACCCCCUGCGCCCAAACGACCUGAAUCGCGCACCUCAACCGCAAGUGCUGCUCCUAAAGGAGGCUUCCUCGAGCGCAUGAUGCGACCCACGGCCGCCAGCUCCAGCAAGACACACGAUAAGCCCCAUGAAAAGCCGUCAUCACCACCGCGUAAGGCUCCUGCCGCUUCCAAGAUCGGCACUCUACAAAAGGGGAAGAAGAAGGCGGAAGAGGUCGUGUCCAAGGCCAGGGCAGUGGUUACGAACGGAAAUUCUGAGGAGCACAAGGAUGGAGAUGAGCCCGCAAAGGAAUCUGAACAUGGCGAUCGGACAACCGAGGAGCCUAUCGCCAAUGAGCCAACACACGAAUCGCACAAACCAGCCACUCCAGUUCAAGAGGUAGACUCGUCAGUUGCAGAACUCCAGACACCCAACUUCCCAGAGGAGACCGUCCGGUAG